GUGGACAGCAAUGACCCUGAAGAAAUGUUCCAGAACAUUCAGUACCAAAAAGAGAUCAUUGCCAACAUUCGCUCCAGACCCUGGCCAAUGAGACGCAAGCUCAAAGUUUUAAAGUAUCCUUUGUUUAGCUGCUGGUUUUAUGUUUGCAACAUUGUUCUUUCUUCAAGUAUUUUUCUUUCUGUAGUAAAAAGUGCCGCACAUGUUGCUCAAGAAAGUCCUCUCUCUGACUUCUCUCAUUUGUUUUAAAACUAAAAAAGAAAAUAUCUGUAGGAGAACAUAAACUUGAAUAACCAAAUCUUAUUCCUAAUCUACAAAAAACUCAUUUAGUAUUUUAACUGCCCAACAUUUUCCUUUAUAACUAUUUAUUUUGUUAAUAUAGCAGUUUUUAUCUCUUAAUCACUUUAGCCACAGCAGCCAAUUUUACCAAAAUAACAAUAUUUUGUCAUUUUAAUAUGGUCAGUGUAAUAAAAUGCAUUGUCCGGUAAAUAUAAAACAAACAAGAAAUUACUGGAGUGUAUUUAAGUUUCUGUGUCCAUGGGCAUUAGAUAAAACCAUGCACAACAUCAGAUAUCCAAGGAAUCCAAAAAUACCUUAAAUGUUUAACUAAAGCUUUAGGAUCUGUAGAACAAGCUCUUCCAAAUAGAGCUUGAAUGAAUAGAGAGCGUCUAAAAUAAGAUGUGCUGAGUAUGUGCCGUGGCUAACAGGUUUUAUAUGGGCAGUUUGUUAUUACUGCAGAGGUUUUAUUACCUUCAUCAGGGAUGGGUUGCAAGUCUGCGCUUUUCCACUGAGGCUGAAUGACUGUGAUUAUUUCUACUGCAGCUGCAGCCAGAGCCUGUACUUCACAUCUUAUAUUGUUUUAUUCUAAAUUACCUCCAAAUCAGUUUUACAUUAACAGUUUAGUCUAAUUCCAUGUAUUUUUCUUUGACUGUAAUUUAAAACUGUUUACUGAACUUUGAUCAAACGAUGGUUUCAAAAGGAUGAACAUAGGAAAACACCUGGCUUGACUCACAUAUGAGCUUAAGUGACAUCCCAUUCCUAAUCCAUAUUGUUCAGCUAGAACAGAUGAAGCUUUUCUGGGAAGGCUGUCCACAAGGUUUAGGAAUGUGUAUAUGGAUGGACAAGAAAACCUGGCUCUCAGUCUCUGCUCUAAUUCGUCCCAAAGCUGUUCUAUCAGGUUGAGGUCAGGACUGUGUGCAGGCCAGUCAGGGUCAUCCACACUAGACUCUCCCGUCCAUGUUUUUGUGGACCUAGCUUUGUGCUCUGGUACGCAGUCAUGUCCAAUUUUUCCACAAAUGUUUGUAAAAACAGUCUUCAUGCCUAGGUGCUUAACUUUAUUCACUGUUAUAAAGUUAUAGUGGUCAUGGAAGUGAUUGGAACACUUGAUUCCGAUCACACUGGUGCAAAUACAAGUUUUUGAACAGAUGGCUAUUUAUUUAUUUAUGUGCAGUAGUAAGCCAAACAUAUUAAAGAAUAGACUUAUUAAACCUGAUUAGAAUCUGUAGUUUGUCAUUUGUGACAAAAUAUGUGUUCAUACCUGCUAAAGUAGAUGGACCUGUUUAUCUUACUAUGUCAUUAGUGCUAUUUGUUUAGUCACGAGACGCUAAAUGCAAAGAUAGUGUUAGGGUUCAGGUAAUCUGGAUAUCUGGAGAAAAUGUGUUUUUGCUGUGGUCAUCAGAGAGGAAACAAUAGUUUGGAGAAAUCACUCUAGUUUUGGUUGUGCAGAAAAUGCUUCCAAAAAAGCUGCUGAAUAUUUAUUUUUCACUGCAAUAUGUCAUUCUUCAUAUUGUCUUCAAGUUGUACUUUGGGAGGUUUUUUACUUUCUCCACUGUCUUUUUUUACUCGUUGAGAUCAUAAGUUAUUUCUACAGAAUCAGGUUUCAACAGAGAAAGUCCACAUAUUCAUGCUUUGGUUUAGCACAGUUGAACGUCACAAUAUGUCACUGUGAUUGUGUUAACAUCUGUGACUAUAGCAACCCAAGAAGUCAUUGACAACUGUGUCUUCACUUAGAGGUUUCUUUAGAUCUAGUGCAACACAGACAACCGCAAGAAGUGCCCACUUAAAUAAAUAUCUUUCACUUAUCUGUUUUUGUUUUAGGCAGGCUCGAGAGAUUGUCCUAAAGUAUGAAGGCCAGCUGACGAGAACAAGAGCUGCUGAAAAAACUUUACCGUGUGCUUUACAACAUUGUUGUUACAUUCAUUCCGUGGGAAGUGAGGAUCAAAAAAAUUGAAAGUCACUUUGGAUCAGGCGUAGCCUCCUAUUUUAUCUUUCUUCGCUGGCUGUUUGGGAUAAACAUCGUCCUCACCAUCAUGACAGGAUCUUUUGUGGUGCUACCAGAGCUGUUGGCUGGAGCUCCAUUUGGAACAACAAGAAGUAAAACUAUCCCCAAAGAGCAUCUUGCAUCAGCCCAAGACUUGGACACCAUCUGGUCUCUUGGGGGUUACCUGCAGUACUCUGUUUUAUUCUAUGGUUAUUAUGGCAGCGUGAGGAAGAUUGGCAGUGCUGGCUACCGGCUGCCACUUGCAUACUUCCUUGUUGGGAUGGCUGUUUUUGCCUACAGUUUCAUCAUCCUGUUACGCAAAAUGGCAAAGAACUCUCGUCUGAGUCUGGCCAGUGCUUCUGAUGAAAACUUCACAUUCUGUUGGAGAGUUUUCUGUGCCUGGGAUUACCUGAUUGGUAAUCCGGAAGCUGCAGAGUGCAAAGGGGCUGCAAUUGUUAACAACAUCAGGGAAGCAAUUGUUGAAGAGCAAGAAAAGAAGAAGGAUACAAGCCUGGCAGUUCUCAUCAGUCUGCGUAUUUUAGCCAAUAUCUUGGUUUUGCUGUCACUAGCUGGGAGCAUCUACAUCAUCUAUUUUGUUGUAGACCGAUCCCAGAAACUGGAGCAGGAAAAGCCAGAGCUGACGUUGUGGGAGAAGAAUGAGGUGAGUGUGGUGGUCUCACUCAUCACUAUGAUCGCACCUUCUGCCUUUGAGCUGGUUGCCCAGCUGGAGAUGUAUCACCCAAGAACCUCCCUGAGAUUCCAGUUGGCCAGAGUCCUUGUUCUAUAUCUGGGAAACCUCUACAGCCUCAUUAUUGCUCUCUUGGAUAAAGUCAACAGUAUGAGUUCUGCUCCUCAUGUGAGUUCAAGUAACUGGACUAACACCAGCUCCACCAUAUCCAGUCUCUCUGCCCAAGUAUCAAGGAUCUCUGUGUCUGAGCAUCACAACAGUACCAUGGCAACCAUCAGCACAGCAAUCAAUUUCAUCCACAACAGGAGCAGCUUGAUUACUGCAUACAACCAGACAAUUCCUUUUGAGAAAAAUGCACGAUCUCAACAGGACCAGUGCUGGGAGACCUAUGUUGGACAGGAGAUGUUGAAGCUUUCUAUUAUUGACAUGAUCUUCACAGUGGCCAGCAUCUUGCUCAUUGACUUUAUCAGGGGUCUGGUGGUUCGGUAUCUGAGUGACUGCUGCUGCUGGGACUUAGAAAGCAAAUUUCCUGAAUAUGGAGAAUUUAAAAUAGCUGAAAAUGUCCUACACUUGAUCUACAACCAAGGAAUGAUCUGGAUGGGAGCCUUUUUCUCUCCAUGCCUUCCUGCCUUUAAUGUGUUGAAACUGAUUGGUCUAAUGUAUCUAAGGAGCUGGGCUGUCCUCACUUGCAAUGUUCCUCAUCAGCAGGUUUUCCGAGCUUCCAGAUCAAAUAAUUUCUACUUGGCUAUGCUACUUUUCAUGCUCUUCCUGUGUAUGCUCCCCACCAUCUUUGCCAUUGUGCGAUAUAGACCAUCAGAACACUGUGGACCAUUCAGUGGCCAGGAGAAGAUUUAUGACAUCAUCUCAGACACAGUGGCAUCAGACUUCCCACUUUGGUUCAGUAAAGUGAUGAGUUAUGUCACCAGCCCUGUUGUGGUGCUGCCAGCAGUGCUACUGCUAUUUAUGCUGAUAUAUUAUCUUCAAGCUAUUGCCAGAUCCCUAAAAUUUACUAACAACCAACUGAGGAUUCAGCUCCAGACUGAGCGGACAGAGGACAAGAAAAAAGUGUUUCAGAUGGCUGCAGCAAGGCUGCAAGUCCCAGAGGCCUCAGCUGACAAAAACGCAGAUCAGCAGGAAAGUGACAUCCCAAGCCAGGAAGCUUCCAUACACACCUCAUCUCCCCAGCAAAAUGGCAGCAUUACAAACAUUCAGUCUCCUAUUAAUCGUAGUAACAGCAUCCGGACCAUCACCCAAUCAGCUUCUGGAGCUGACCUGAAUGAAGGACAUGUGUCUGGAUCUGUCAGAAGUCCAGCUGUGAUCGUACUACCCAAACACCCGGUGGAACACUUUCCGAACAGUAGACCUCGACAUUUCAUUGGUGGCCGAAGUGGUUCCUGCAGAUCCAAGUCUUGCCACCACAUGGCAUAUAAUCCACCAUCUGGCCUUUCUAAUGCAAUCCAUACUGACCCCUUGUACAGGAAAACCAUUCGUUCUCUACACCCUGUUGAGGCUGCUGGAAUCAUUGCUGCACAAAAUUAUGGGGGGCGCCGUGGUCCCACUACCCGCUAUGUGAUUGUCAAUGAGCACAGGCCCCGUAAGAAGCUACUGUGCUCAACCACACGAAUCCCAAGGCACUAUCUCAUGGAGGAGCCCACAGAGAUCCUAGAGCUAUACCCGCGCAACAUAAAACACUACACACCUCGCACCAUUCACCAACAACAUCCCCCCCGCUCCCACACAUCACAGCAACUCAGGAAAGAGGAGGAAGAAACUGGAAAAGACAGGAAAAGGUCUUCUUUAGGCAAAAGCCUUCGACCUUGUUCAUUGCCUGACCACCACCAACAAGCGCACUUCUAUAUUGGUGAAAGGUUAGAUAGUUGUAGAGAAAGUCAGAGAGCAAGGUAUGAGAUGCAAGAAGAUGAUGAAGAGGAAGCUGGUAAAGAAGGAAUUGACUGGGGAGAUUUCAACUUACCGUCUCCAUCUCGGACCAGUGUAAAAGAAAAAGAAUCUUUUCACACACAAAGGCAUCCUGUCCAUUCUCCAAGGAGACAGUACCAGUGCCCCACCAGAACCAGACACAUGGGGUCUCAAUUAAAGCCCAAGUUAAGGGGUCAGCUUGAAACUCAUCUGACUGAAUCUGACUCAGCCUCCAUAGCCUCCAGCAGUGACCAACAAAACAGCAGCACUGAUCAAUAUAUUCAGGUCAUCCACAGCAAAGAGCGCCAUCUUGGAUCUGAUGUCAGGCAAGAAAAGAUGUCCAAAAAGAAAACCAAGACAAACUUUGAUCUACACUACACAGAAUCAAAUGACUUGAUCUGUUCCAAUGUGUAACACUUUUUUUUGGUCAAAUUUUAAUUGUGUUUGUUAAUAAGUAUUUAUAUCCUACUUGUUAAUCUGCAACUACAAAUAGUAAAAAAAAAAAAAGAUUCUCCAUCGGUUGGUAUAAACAUGUAUGCACAUAAAAGAUCUGUAACGUACAAUUAUAUAGGUUAUUACAACAAUGUGAAGUAACAGGUUUUGUUUGAACUUGCUCUAAAAAUAUUAAGUUCCGUUAAAUAUUACAACUGCUUUUUAUUGGGAAAAUAAAAUCUGUGUCUUCUUUGA